GGUUUAACUGGUUCUGAAGAAAGUACGAUUAGAACUUAAGCCAACCGCGAUGCUGCUGCGGCUACCGACCGUUGCCACGUUGGUGGUUGUGGCCCUGCUUGGGUUCUCCCAGGCUCAGGACGAUCUGGACGCGCUGUUCGAGUCGGUGUUCAACAACCCCGAUACCAGCUCCAACCUGGCUCCAGUUCCAACGACAGCCGCACCGUUACCUCCUCCGCCGCCAUCGGCGGGUCAACCACAGGCCCCGAUCGCUCCAAUUCCACCGCAACAUGAGCCGGCUUAUACUUGCAACGGUGAGUGCGUCCCGUACUACUUGUGCAACAACAAUGAAAUCAUCACCGACGGAACGGGCAUCAUUGACAUUCGCGUUGGUGAGGACACCACCCAGGAGAACGAGUGCCCCAACUACCUGGAUACUUGCUGCGAAAAGAGUGACGUGCUGAUUGAGCCACCACCAACGGCGACCCAGGCUCCACCACCAAACAACCAGUACGGAUGUGGUCAGCGUAACGCCGAUGGUCUCGGCUUCCGCAUUACCGGAAACAAGGCAGGAGAGUCCGAGUACGGCGUUCCCUGGAUGGUGGCUGUCCUGCGCGAAGACAAGGUCAUGGACUCGACGUUGAACGUGUACGAGUGCGGAGGUUCGCUGAUCGCCCCCAACGUCGUCCUGACCGCAGCCCAUUGCGUUGCCACCAAGCAGCGCGAGACCCUCGUUGUCCGUGGAGGAGAAUGGGACACCCAGACCAAGAACGAACUGUACCCGCACCAGGACCGUCGUGUUCGCGAGGUCAUCGUCCACGAGAAGCUCAACAAGGGCUCGCUGGCCAACGAUAUUGCUCUGCUCAUUCUCGAACAACCGUUCGACCUGGCCGAAAACAUCCAGCCAGCCUGUCUGCCCCCGAAGAACACCAAGUUUGACGGCGCCAACUGCUUUGCCUCCGGCUGGGGCAAGAACAUCUUCGGCAAGGAGGGCAAGUACCAGGUCAUCCUGAAGAAGGUCCAACUGCCGGUCGUCGCCCACGACAAGUGCCAGGCAUCCCUUCGCAAGACCCGCCUCGGCAACCGUUUCCGUCUGGACCCGAGCUUCGUGUGUGCCGGUGGCCGUGCCGGAGAGGAUACUUGCCGUGGUGAUGGAGGUUCCCCACUGGUGUGUCCCAUCGCUGGAUCUCCGACGCACUACUAUCAGGCCGGUAUUGUUGCGUGGGGUAUUGGCUGCGGAGAGGAUAACGUGCCCGGAGUGUACGUCAACGUGCCGCUGUUCCGCGACUGGAUCGAUCAGCAGCUGGCGACGCGCAAGGUCGAGGCCAAGCACUACACGUACUCGGGUUAGAGCUAGGAGUGCAUGAGAUUUGUGAAGGACAUUUUUUUUAUACUUUAAGACGAUCGGAGAAUACAAAGUCAGUAAACGUUAAAACUAAACAACCAACAAAAAUAAACGAUUUUGAAAAUUAA